UCACACCAGUAGUUGCCGUCACAUCCAUCGCCGCUGCCGCCGCUGAUAACCGCUUACCCCAACCACCGCAACAACGGAACCGCCAUCCAGAUCCGCAACCAUAGAGUCCGAUCGCAAGAGAAAAGAGCCUGCAGCUUUACCUGCAACCGCUGCCGCAGAUCAUCGAAGCCACCACAAACACCGUCACGAAAAAAGUCCAAAAUGUCUUCUUCUUCCGACAAAGUUAGGGCUUUACACAUACUGAUUAAACACGAAGGAUCUAGACGUAAGGCGUCAUGGAAGGAUCCAGAAGGUCGCAUCAUUAGCAACACCGCCAGCGACGCUGCAGUCUCUCAGCUCAAAGCGCUCCGAGACGACAUACUUUCAGGGAAAUCGAAGUUUGAAGAUGUGGAGUCUCGUUAUUCUGAUUGUAGCUCUACUAAACGCGGUGGAGAUCUCGGUUCGUUUGAAAGGAAGCAGGUAGACGAUCUUCGGUUUGUGGCUGAACUAGGUGCAGUUGGUUCAAAAAGGAAUGAAUGAAAGAAAAAACUUCUAGAAGAAAGGAAAA